AUGCCGGGCUCCUCCAAAAGCAUGUCUUUCAGCGACUUCGCCCCAGUGAGCUCGCUGGACUCUGUGCAGGAGAGCGAAGGCUCGAGCUCGAAGAGCAAGGGCCGCGAAGUUGCACAGGCCAUGCUGGCGGAAGUGGAAGAGCACCUCAAGGAAUUCGACAGAGACCUGCAGGCCCUCCACAGCAAAGCUCAUGCUUACCAAGGAAGCUGGCCGGACAUUCCCCUGGGGAGUGCCGAAAUCAGUUCCCCGGUUUCUCACGAAACCUGCAUGGGAGCAACACGCAGCAGACUUUCUUGGGAGCUUCGAGACUCCCUCACCCGGCGAAUUCCGAGCUCGGUGUCUCAGUCCUGUCCAGAAGAGACGCCAGAGGCAACAAUUUCCUUUCUGACACUUAUUCGGAACAUAUACAGAAUUGUCUCCACUGAAAUCGCUCCAAAGAUGCAAGUACUCAUCAAAGAGGUCACACAGCUCCGCAAAAACAAUGAACUUUUGUCUGAAAGGGUGGAGCAGCAACGGCAACGCCACAAUGAACAGAUGGAGGAAUUUGAAGACUUGCAGCUCGAGCUCCGAGCCAAAGACGCUCAACUGCGCGAACAAAGGCGCGUUUCGAAGAGCUUGGACAUAUAUCAAGGAGAAAAUGAGAUGCUGAAGGUAAAGCUGAAUAACUUGCUAGUUCGCGUGGGGAAAAUGGAAGGGAGCAGCGUAACUCAGUCAGCAGUUCGUGAAACGCAAGAUAAGCCGGACAUGCCGUUCAAGAGAGCCUCAAGCAACGAGUGGCUUCGGCAGGAAAAUGAAGACUUGCAGAGAGAGGUAAACCGCUUGCGCAGUGAUGCCUCUGAGAAGGAAGCAAUGAUAAGUCAAUUGAAGAAAGCCAUCAAGAACUUCACUGCAAACGACAGCCCCCGAUCGCCGGUGCAGCGGAAACUCUCAGUAGCGCCGCGCCGCCCGGAGUCCAUUCAUAGUCCAGUGGCAGCUUCCAGCCGGUCCUCUCCCGAAGCCAUGCCACUGGAUGCCCAAAUAGGGGCAGCUCUAGCAAUGGAAACGCCUCGAGGACGCAUGCGCAGCAGCAUUUUCGGCAAGCUUUCCCCGUUUUCCAUGUCGACGAGAGCGCCGUCAGUCACCACGCUCGCGCAGGACUUGGGAAUGAAACUGCCGUCCACUGCCGCCAACACUUCACAGGAACAGCCCACGCCUGUGCCUUCAGCCCGGCGCAGCAGCUUGCGAGGCUCUUUGUCGCCUCCGACGAAGAGCGCGCCGGAGCCAACGGCAGAGUCGGGGGCGAGAGUAGCGGGCAGCAAGGAAGACGCAGCAAACCUUGUCGAUGGCCUCCCUCAGUGGCUGCAAGCCAAGUCAGAGGCAAUGGAAAGGGCUUUGUUUGAGCUGGAGGAAAUCCGAAUACUCAGGAUCAAGGAGGAGAGCCAGUGGCAGUCGAAAAUGGCCCACGGGAACCAGCUGCUCAUGCUGGCCGAAGAGAAGCUGAGUGCGUUGACUGCAGAAGUUGAAGAUUCAUUUAAAGGCCGCCGCCAACUGCUGGGUGAACGACUACAGACACUGGGCGAGAUGAGCAGCGUCAGAAAACAGCUGGAGGCGGUCCAGAGGGAAGCUGCGGAGCUCAAGGGGGCCUUAGAAGGGUCUCAAAGAAAAGCAGAACAGGCACAGAAAGAUGCUCGUGACACGGUGCUUCGGCUCACGGAGUCCAUCAACUCUGCAGAGGACCAAAUAGCAAUGCUGCAGGAGCGGAACACGAUUUUUAGUGAACUGGUCUUGUCACUGAGCAGCUACACAAAGAACAUCCUCUCGAAGCUGCAACGGGAGAGAUCGGGUAAAUUCAUUGAACGAGCCGCGGGAUUCGACGCGGAGGUCACUAGUAGAUCUUGCGCAGAAGUCCAGAGCAUGAAAACGCCUAGAACGGCGGAUAUAGCCAAAGACGGAGGCCAUUCAACGACCUCCGCGACGCAUGGGAAGCAGCAGCAGCCACACAGGGCCACCUCUCUUGGAGAGAAGCUGCGGGUUGUUUUGAAUACAAAAAACGACACUUGCUGCUCACCUCUGGGCUGCCUAAGUCUCUGGAACACCAGCACAGCAAUGGCCGCCCAACCGGCGGUGUGGUACUCUUUCGAGUCGCCCAGUGGCAGCGGAGAAGUUUCUUGGCACGCCCAGAAGCCACAUAGUUUGUUCAAGGCGGCGAAGAAGAUACGUAACACUUGA